AGCAGUGGCUGCUGAGAUGUACGAACUUCCGGUUCUCCGGGCAGCAGCUGCCGGCGCUGCAGCCGCCGCUGUCUCUGCCACCUGCUGUCCCCGGGCCUUAGCCCAGGAUUUAGUCACCUCCUCUUCGUUCCCCAGCGAGCCCAUGGUCCCUCCUGGACCCAGAUUGACGGGCCUGGGGGCUCCGGCGUGGUGAGAGUGAGGUCUGGGGAUGAUGAAGGCCCUGAACUGCUGCUGCUGCUGUCUCCGCCGCCUCCUGGCAUCCUUCUUCCUCCUGCUGCUUCUGCCAGCGCUGAGCGGGCCGCUGGCCGUGUGGUUGCAGGCGGCCGAGGCCGCGACGGGCCCCAAGCCUCCAGUUUCUGGCCCGCGGACCUUGCCGCCGCUGCCCCCGGGCCCCACCGCAGCCCAGCCACCGGGCCAUGCUCUGGCUGAAGCCUCAGGGCCUCGAGGCUCAGAGGGCGGCAAUGGCAGCAGCCCCGGGGCGGGGCUUGCGGCGGAGGAUCCCGGAGGAAAGGCCGGGGAAGGCUCAGUGGGUGGCGGCCUUGCAGUGAGCCCCAACCCUGGCGACAAGCCCAUGACCCAGCGGGCUCUGACCGUGCUAAUGGUGGUGAGCGGCGCGGUGCUGGUGUACUUCGUGGUCAGGACAGUCAGGAUGAGGAGAAGAAACCGAAAAACUAGGAGAUACGGAGUUCUGGACACUAACAUAGAAAACAUGGAAUUAACACCCUUAGAACAAGAUGAUGAGGAUGAUGAUAACACAUUGUUUGAUGCCAAUCAUCCUAGAAGAUAAGAAUGUGCCUUUUGAUGAGAAGACUUAAUCCUUCUAAGGUGAAGAGCAGAGUCUGUUUAAGGAAUACGAAGCCACUAUAUCAACGGGGGGAGGGGUAUUUAAGUUACAUACAUUAUGAUAACCUUUAAUUUGUUGUUGCUGCAAUAAAUACUGUAUCACUUUGUUAUACCUUUGUAUGUAUAGAAGUGCUCUAUUAAUGGGCUCAGUGUUGUUAGGGAUAAACUAUAUUGUAAUAGUUUAUCUGUUUGAAAAUUAUUUUAAAGCAGGGUGUUUCUGAUGAGUUUUUGUUUAUUGCUUACCAUAUUAUUGUAAAUUGUUUUCUUUUAUGUACUAAUCAGUUAAUGUUAAUUAUUUUUGCUUGUAUCAUUUUAUAGAACCCUAAUCCCCAACAAGCAACUGGUGUGUAAAUAUAAUUAAAAUUUUCCUUUAGUGAAAUAUAUUUCCCAUUUUUGUGGGGAAAUGAAGCCAAAUUAUUAUAUUGUGUUUGGGUUUUUUUAAAUAUUAAUAAAUGUCUGAGUUGUAUGCAAAACAAUAAAUGUGAUAUAAAAUUC